AUGGGGGACUGGGGCUUCCUCGAGAAGUUGCUGGACCAGGUCCAAGAGCAUUCAACCGCAGUGGGCAAGAUCUGGCUGACGGUGCUCUUCAUCUUCCGAAUCCUCAUUCUGGGCCUGGCCGGUGAGUCCGUGUGGGGCGAUGAGCAGUCGGACUUCGAGUGUAACACCGCCCAACCAGGCUGCACCAACGUCUGCUACGACCAGGCCUUCCCCAUCUCCCACAUUCGUUACUGGGUGCUGCAGUUCCUCUUUGUCAGCACACCCACCCUGGUCUACUUGGGCCACGUCAUUUACCUAUCCCGGCGCGAGGAGCGGCUGCGGCAGAAGGAAGGGGAGCUUCGGGCAUUGCCGGCCAAGGACCCUCAGGUGGAGCGGGCCCUGGCGGCCAUAGAGCGUCAGAUGGCCAAGAUCUCCGUAGCUGAAGACGGGCGCCUGCAGAUCCGAGGAGCUCUCAUGGGCACCUACCUGGCCAGCGUGCUGUGCAAGAGCGUGCUAGAGGCAGGCUUCCUUUAUGGUCAGUGGUACCUCUAUGGCUGGACCAUGAAGCCCGUGUUCGUGUGUCAGCGUGUCCCCUGCCCUCACCUCGUGGACUGCUUUGUCUCGCGCCCCACGGAGAAGACCAUCUUCAUCAUCUUUAUGCUGGUGGUCGGACUCAUCUCCCUGGUGCUCAACCUGCUGGAGUUGGUGCACCUGCUAUGCCGCUGCCUGAGCCGGGGCAUGAGGGUGAGACAGAGCCAGGAGGCACCUCCAGCCCAGGGCACCUCCUCAGACCCUUUCCCUGAACAGGUCUUUUUCUACCUCCCCAUGGGCGAGGGGCCCUCGUCCCCACCAUGUCCCACCUACAAUGGGCUCUCUUCCAGUGAGCAGAACUGGGCCAACCUGACCACAGAGGAGAGACUGGCUUCUUCCAGACCCCCCCUUUUCUUGGACCCACCCCCCCAGAGUGGUCAGAAACUCCCCAGCCGCGCUAGCAGCUCUGCUUCCAAGAAACAGUAUGUGUAGGUACCUGAGGCUUAUGUUAC